AGUAAUUAACCAACAAGUUGUUAAGUAGUUGAAGAAAAAAGUAAACUGAUACAAACAUUUCUUCAAAGUUCACUUGCUCAAUUUCAACGAAGGCAAUCCAAAUUAUGUAAUUAAACAAUUCAGAAUUGGGAGUAUAUCUUUCAAACCCUAGGCGCGAGCCUUGACUUAGCCAUUAGCUAAAUUAGCUAAACUGGCAGAUCGAUUGAUUACUAUAAUCGAGUUGAAUUCCUGAUUUAUUGGAAAAAAAUUCUAGGAUUUUGGAAGAAUUCCUGAUUUAUUGGGAAAUAUUAUAGGAUUUUGAAGAGCCAAUAGGGUUUUUUUGAAUUUCUGAUUCCGGAGAGAAAUGGGAUUCAUUUGGGCGUUGUUUGAAUCCCUAGCGAUCGUGGCAUCAGUUUUGGCGUUUGGAUUGUUGGCGGCCAUCGUUUUCGCCUCGUUCAGAAGAAAGCACAGUCACAACUGUCACGUAGAGGCGCCGCCAGUUUUCGAGGAUCCGAAUUCUUUGAAAUCGGUUCCUUGUCCCCAUAUCGUCGAUCCUGCUGAAAAGUACAUAUCUUUGAUAAUUCCAGCAUACAACGAAGAGCACAGACUUCCAGGGGCUCUUGAUGAAACCUUGAAUUAUCUUGAAGAUCGCGCAGCGAAGGACAAGUCGUUUUCAUAUGAGGUGAUUAUUGUUGAUGAUGGAAGUGCUGAUGGUACAAAAAGAGUAGCAUUUGACUUUGUGAAGAGAUACACUGUGGAAAAUGUCAGGGUAGUUCUUCUUGGGCGGAACCAUGGAAAGGGAGAAGCCAUAAGGAAAGGUAUGCUUCACUCACGAGGUGAACUACUUCUAAUGCUUGAUGCUGAUGGUGCCACCAAAGUGAGUGACCUUGAGAAACUUGAAAACCAGAUUCAUGCAGUUGCUGCUAAGGAACAAAAGUAUGGAGACUCUACUUCUAGCGAUGCGACUUUAAGGAUCUCCGAUGUCCCUAUUGCUGCUUUUGGGUCACGUGCUCAUCUUGAGGAGAAGGCUCUAGCAUCAAGGAAAUGGUACCGUAAUUUCUUGAUGAAGGGAUUCCAUUUGGUAGUUCUGUUGGCUGCUGGUCCUGGAAUUAGAGACACACAGUGUGGUUUUAAGAUGUUCACAAGAGCUGCUGCCCGAAAACUAUUCACCAAUAUCCGCUUGAAAAGGUGGUGCUUCGACGUUGAAUUAGUGUACUUGUGCAAAGUGUUCCACAUCCCCAUGAUUGAAAUCUCCGUAAGCUGGUGCGAAAUUCCCGGAUCAAAGGUCAACUUGUUUAGCAUCCCAAAUAUGUUGUGGGAGCUAGGACUCAUGUCUGUUGGUUAUAGAACUGGCAUGUGGAAAAUUCAUUCAUGAAGCUUCACCACGAGCCGGGUUAGGUCGCAGCAUAAUCUAGACCUCGAUGCAUUGUUCUGAGACGGAGAACCGGAUUUGAUACGACGUGUUAAGGUAAACACAUACUAAUUGAUGCAGCUGAGAUUCUGACAUACAAUGUGGCAAAGCUGUAAUAUUGUGUAAUAGAUCUGCUGUUACUCAGCAUCCAUUGCUUAUCUGACUCAUCAGAUCAUUCAGCUCAAAGAUUUUUGUAAGGAUUUUCAUACAUCUGUAUUAGCUUCAAUUGUGGAUUUGAUUACUCAACUCAAGUUGAUGAAAUAGAGGUCGUAGAGUAUGCAGGAAAA